UCCCGGGCAACCAGGGAGGACAAAAAAAAAAAAAACCCAUCCGAGGUGGUAGUGGCAUAGCGGCUGCAAUGGUGUCCAACCCCGUGCAUGGCCUGCCCUUUCUGCCGGGCACGUCCUUUACGGACUCCACGAAAACAGCAUUUCAUAGAAGCCAGACACUGGGCUACAGAAACGGCUAUGCUACCGCUCGACGUCCAACGGUUGGGAUAGGCGGGGACCGGCUUCAGUUCAACCAGCUGUCCCAGGCUGACCUGGAUGAGUUGGCCAGUAAGGCGUCACUUCUAACUUAUGGCCAACCUAAGCAGGCCCCACCGUCAGAUUUUAUUCCUGCACAUGUGGCUUUUGACAAAAAGGUACUGAAAUUUGAUGCCUAUUUCCAAGAAGAUGUUCCUAUGUCAACAGAGGAACACUAUAGGAUUCGUCAAGUGAACAUUUACUACUACCUAGAAGAUGACAGCAUGUCAGUCAUAGAGCCCAUUGUGGAAAACUCUGGGAUCCCUCAAGGCAAGUUAAUCAAACGCCAGCGGCUAGCCAAGAAUGACCGGGGAGACCAUUACCAUUGGAAAGACCUAAAUCGAGGAAUAAACAUUACAAUUUAUGGCAGAACUUUCCGCAUUGUUGAAUGUGACCGAUUCACUCAGGUAUUUUUGGAAAGUCAAGGAAUUGAAUUAAAUCCACCUGAGAAGAUGGCACUCGAUCCUUACAUUGAACUCCGCAAACAGCCUCUUCGUAAAUAUGUCACUCCCUCCGACUUUGAUCAACUCAAGCAGUUUCUCACCUUUGACAAACAAGUUCUUCGAUUCUAUGCAAUCUGGGAUGAUACAGACAACAUGUUCGGUGAAUGUCGGAACUACAUCAUUCAUUACUAUCUUAUGGAUGAUACAGUAGAAAUUCGAGAGGUCCAUGAACAAAAUGAUGGGCGAGAUCCCUUCCCACUCCUGAUGAACCGCCAGCGCAUGCCCAAGGUUUUGGUGGAGAAUGCAAAGAACUUCCCUCAGUGUGUGCUAGAAAUCUCUGAUCAAGAGGUGUUGGAAUGGUAUACUGCCAAAGACUUCAUCGUUGGGAAACCACUCACCAUCCUCGGGAGAACUUUCUUCAUUUACGAUUGUGAUCCAUUUACUCGACAGUACUACAAAGAAAAGUUUGGAAUCUCUGAUUUACCACGGAUUGAUGUGAGCAAGAAGGAACCACCUCCUAUAAAACAGGAAUUACCUCCCUACAAUGGCUUUGGACUAAUUGAAGACUCCGCUCAGAACUGCUUUGCUCUCAUUCCAAAACCUCCCAAAAAAGAUGUUAUUAAAAUGCUGAUGAAUGAUAACAAGGUGCUUCGUUAUUUGGCUUCACUGGAAUCCCCUAUUCCAGAAGACAAAGACCGUCGAUUUGUAUUCUCUUAUUUUCUAGCCACUGACAUGAUCAGCAUCUUUGAGCCUCCUGUUCGCAACUCUGGUAUCAUCGGGGGCAAGUACCUUGGCAGAACAAAAGUGAUCAAACCACACUCUUCAGUGGAAAACCCCAUCUACUAUGGCCCUAGUGACUUCUUCAUUGGUGCUGUGAUUGAGGUGUUUGGCCACCGGUUCAUCAUCCUCGAUAUAGACGACUACGCUUUGAAAUAUAUGGAGAGCAAUGCUGCCCAGUAUUCACCAGAAGCACUCUUGUCAAUUCAGGACCGUAUUCGAAAGCAAGAACCAGAAUUAGAAAACAAACAAGCUGAAGUGGAUCCAGGCGUGCAAGAACUGGAAGCACUAAUAGACACAAUCCAGAAGCAACUGAAAGAUCUUCCAUGCAGAGACAACAUUCGUGAGGCAUUUCAAAUCUGUGACAAGGAAGCAUCAGGAUAUGUGGACAAGGAGGAGUUCUUUAAAAUCUGUGGCUCUCUCAAUGUCCCAACUGAUGAUUCCUUGAUUAAGGAGCUAAUCAGGAGGUGCUCUCACGGAGAAGACAAGAUCAACUACUAUCACUUUGUUCGUGCUUUCUCAGACUGACCUGGC